CUCUCGCCCGGCCCCAGCCUUCUGCGGGCUGCGCUCGCCAGCCGCGCGCUGCCCGCACGGACGGACGGGCGGACGGACGGACGGACGGACGCACUGCGGGGAGGAAGGCGCGGCCAUGCGGCCCCGGGCGCUGCUGUGCGCCCUGGUGCUGCUGUGCUGCCCGGCGGCCCGGCCAGCAACAUCGGUACCCUAACUGGUGAGCCCAUGGAUCCGUCCAGCUCAGAGCUUGUUAGACGGUGGAGAUGCUGAGGCUUCCCAAAUAACAGCAGCCUUAUGAUACCAGGCCCCAGAACUUUUUCCAUACGUUCUUCUCUCAGUUCAGAGGCUGAUCUUAUACCUAUUGAUGAUACUGAAAAUUACUUGGAAGUUGGAUCAGGAGACACCAAUCAGACUGGAUCAUUCCCACAUGGACAGCGAAUGAUGUCAGUUCAAACAGCAAGAUACCUCACUAGUCCAUGGCUGACUCGUUUUGUUCCUUCAGUUUACACCCUAGUGCUUGUGCUGAGUCUCCCUCUGAACAUUACAGCGAUACUUGUGUUUCUGAAAAAGAUGAAAAUUGAAAAGCCUGCUGUAAUAUACAUGCUGAAUUUGGCCCUUGCAGAUGUUCUCUUUGUAAGUGUGCUUCCAUUUAAGAUUGUUUAUCACUUUUCUGGAAAUGACUGGGUUUUUGGGCCUCACAUGUGCCGUUUCAUCACUGCUGCCUUCUUCUGCAACAUGUACUGCUCAAUAAUGCUUAUGACCAGCAUAAGCUUUGAUCGCUUCUUAGCAGUGGUGUACCCCAUGCAGUCCCUGGGGUGGCGUACCCUGCCUCGUGCCUCACUGAUCUGCUUCAUCGUAUGGCUUGUAGCAAUAGCUGGGGUUAUACCUUUUCUCCUGCGAGAGCAAACAAUGGAAAUACCCAGGUUAAACAUCACUACCUGCCACGAUGUGCUGGGAGAAUCCGAACUUCAUGGCUAUUACGUCCACUUCUUCUCUGUUUUCUCUUCUGUGUUUUUCAUUGUGCCACUUAUAAUUUCUACUGUCUGUUAUGUGUGUAUCAUUCGCUGUCUUAGUUCUUCCACCAUUGUUGCAAAGCAAAACAAGAAGACACGUGCCUUGCUCUUGUGUGUGGCUGUUUUUUCUGUUUUCAUUAUUUGCUUUGGACCAACAAAUGUUCUUCUCUUAAUUCAUUAUAUUCAUUUUUCAUUUGACAACAGCUUAGAGUAUCUCUACUUCGCAUAUCUACUGUGUGUUUCUAUCAGCAGCAUUAGCUGCUGCAUUGACCCCUUUAUUUACUACUAUGCUUCUUCUCAGUAUCAGAGACAAUUUUUCAGUCUCUUCAAUUGUAAAAAGACUUUUGAUCCUAACAGUAGUAACAGCAGUGGCCAGUUGAUGUCUACCACUAGUAGUAGAAGGGCUACAUUGACUACUAACGUGAAUAACAGUAUCUACAGGAAAUUACUAGCAAUGCACUGAGAUAACAUGUCUUAUAUUGUUUAAUUUUUGCACAGUUGAAAACAAAAAGAAGCCUGUUAUAUCCAAGAAAUGCAAAAUCUUAAACCAAGUUGUUGUAUGAUACAUGGCUUUGUGGAUUCAAUAUAGUAAUACACAAUUCAAAUUAAAACUCUGUGUGUGUGUGCGUAGAUAUAUAUAAAUAUGUAUAGUAU